CACAGCCACAGUCUUGGGUGUCUUCUGGUCUUGGAUAAUUUUAUCUGUUCUGUUCUGUUCGUUUGGUUUAUUCAAUGUUUACAUCACCGGACGUCCACUCUUUCGUGCAUUCGUUCAAUUCUUAAUUUUCGGCCCUUCAACGCGGCCUCGUCGAUCCAAUCCCCCCGCGGUUGACCCGAUUCGCGAUGCGCCGGCGUUACUGAGCGACGCCAACCAACAGCGAUCGCGAUGGGCUUCUUCCGCCAGACUGGGACGCUGGUGUCCAAGAACUUCCUCAUCAUCCUCGGCCGACAUGGCACUGCGACGGUCAUCCGAGCAUUCCUCCUCCCACUCGUGCUGACCGCCUUCCUCAGCUUUGCCCGGUACCUCUUCGUCCCCCCCGCCGUCUUCGGGAUCGGCGACACGCAUGCCGUCCGCACGCUGCAAGACGCCCUGCAUGCCUCUAGUGGCGUCGGCCGAGACACGGUGGCGUUCGUCAAUAACGGCUUUUCGGGAGGUGAAAUAGAACGCGUCAUCAAUACUCUCGUGCCGGUCGUUACAGCGGCGGGCAAGAAGGCCCCCGUCCUGAAAUCCCCGGCCGAAUUGAACGACGUCUGCCGGUCUACUCUGCGCGGGGUCACUCCGUGCUACGGCGCUGUCGUUUUCAAUGCCUCUCCAGACGAGGGCGACGGUGGUCUGUGGAACUACACGAUCCGCUCAGAUAGCGCGCUGGGCCUGGGUAAGGUCGACGUGGAGAAGGAUACCAACGAUGCCGAAUUGUACCUGCUCCCGUUCCAGCACGCCAUAGAUUCCGCCAUCACCAGCACCAACAACGGGUCCUCGGAUCAGGUGCGAUUGACCAAUACCACCACCGAGUAUCCCUUCACAGACCUCACCAAGGAAGAGCGCGAAGAGAAGAUCCGGGUUCGGUACCAAAAAUCGAUCAUGGGCUUCCUCGCCGUCAGUUUCAUUGCUGGUAUUAUCGGUGUCUGUUACCAUAUGGCCGGUUUCGUGGCAUCCGAGAGGGAGAUUGGCAUGUCGACUCUGCUCGAAGCGACGAUGCCGACCAAGCACCGGUGGGAGGCCCAGGCGGCGAGGCUGCUGUCCUACCACAUCUCCUUCACUCUGAUCUAUCUUCCGGGCUGGGUAAUAGGCUCGAUCAUCCUUCGGCAGGGGGUAUUCAAGCACACCAACGUGGGCGUUGUCCUCAUAUAUCAGGUGCUCACCGGCAUGGCUCUCACCUCCAUGACCAUCUUCGGAGCUGCCUUCUUCAGGAGGUCGCAGCUCAGCGGCGUGGCGGUGACGAUUGUCUUCAUCCUCCUCGCCAUCAUCGCCCAGACCUUGACCAGCCCGGGGACCGGAGCGGUGGUGAUUCUGAGCUUGCUGUUUGCCCCGUCCAAUUACACCUUCUUUAUCACCCUGCUGGCCCGCUGGGAGCAGCAGAAACUCGCGACAAACUUGGUCCAGGUUGCACCAAACAGCCCAUGGAACCUCUCGGGAAUCGUUCUCUGGAUAUUCCUCAUUGUGCAGAUUAUUGUAUAUCCGAUCCUUGGCGCAUUGCUUGAGAGAUGGUUCCACGGCACCUCUUCCAAUUCUCGCGACAUCAUUGUCGGGCAUGCCCAGGAGGGCGCUGGAGCCGAGGCCGCCGUCCGGCUUGAGGGCUUCACCAAGGUGUACAAGCCGGGGUUCUUCCGUCGCAUGUUCUCCUUCAUCUCGAAGCCGAAGGACCCUGUCGUUGCCGUGAACGGGCUCACGUUGAGCGCGGGGAGGGGCCAGAUUCUCGUCCUGCUCGGCGCCAACGGCAGUGGCAAGAGCACGACGCUCGACUCGAUUGCGGGCAUCACCAAACCCACGAGCGGGAAGAUUACCAUCGAUGGCACGGGAGGCUUGGGCAUCGCCCCCCAGAAGAACGUUCUCUGGGACGAGCUUACGGUCGAGGAGCAUGUCAGGAUAUUCAACAGGUUGAAGUCUCCGGGCAAGCCUUCAAGCAAAGAGGAACUUCGGGAGCUCAUCACGGCUAUUGACCUCGAUAGGAAGGUCAAGGCCCAGUCAAAGACCCUUUCCGGAGGCCAGAAGCGGAAGCUGCAGCUAGGAAUGAUGCUGACAGGUGGGAGCGCCGUCUGCUGCGUCGAUGAAGUUUCCUCUGGUCUGGACCCCCUCAGUCGGCGGAAGAUUUGGGACAUUCUGCUCGCUGAGCGGGGCCGGCGGACCAUCAUCAUGACUACGCACUUCUUGGAUGAGGCUGAUCUGUUGGCUGAUCAUAUCGCGAUCCUAUCUAAGGGCACACUACGUGCCGAAGGACCGUCCGUUCAGCUCAAGGACAGGCUCGGCGGCGGGUAUCGCAUUCACGUCCAGCGGUCGAAGGCCCUCCGCACAACCCCUGACGUCGAUGGGGUAACCAAGAAUGUCGGGUUCGAUGUUAUUAGCUAUGUUGCCCCUUCAUCCAGCCUCGCCGCUCAAGUCAUCAAGACACUCGAGGCUGCCGGCAUCACUGACUACAGGUUCUCGGGACCUACCAUCGAGGAUGUCUUCCUGCAGCUGGCAGAAGAAGUUCGCGCCGAGAGCAGCCAGAGCCUUGAUGAAUCACCUCUUACGACGGACUCGCAGUCACAAGAGAAGCAGACGCAUUCCGAGAAGAUUGUGGGCAUUGAUGGGCCGGGCAGAGAAGGGCUAGACCUCCUUCCCGGCAGGCGAAUAGGCUACCUCCGCCAGACCAGCGUUCUUUUCCUCAAGAGAUGUGUCAUCUUCAAGGGCAACUGGUUUCCUUACGCCGCGGCGUUCAUAAUUCCCAUCCUCGCUGCCGGCCUCGUUACGCUCUUCGUCAGAAAUCAGAAUCCUGUGGGAUGCUCGCCAUCCGAGCAGCUGUCGUCGGACACGGCGCUGGAUAUCUUCAAUUCCGGCAUCGAGCUCUUUAUUGUCGGUGGCCCUUCGUCAAAAUUCAACCAGCAGAGCCUCGGCGUCCUUCUCCCGGUCUACUUGAACGCCCUUCGUCAGAACGGCAGCCUGUCGGCGGGGGGCUCGGGAGCCCUGACCGAUCCCGACAGCUUGUUCAAACACAUAACGGUAGUCGACACCCUCGACGAAUUCAACGAUGCCAUCGCGCAGGAGCGCAAGAAUAUCACCCCGGCUGGACUGUGGCUCGGGGAUGCAAACUCGCCGCCCACGGUCGCGUACCAAUCCGCCAGCUUUGAAAUGUACAAUGCGUGGUUCGGGCAGUCGGUGAUGGACAUGCUCCUGACCAACACAUCGAUUGCCUCGUCAUUCGUCACCUUUGAGAUCCCCUGGGUUCCGGGCACGGGUGAUUCGCUGCAGCUCCUCGUCUACAUCGGUCUGGCCCUCUCCGCAGCUCCUGGUUUCUUUGCUCUGUAUCCCAAUGUUGAGCGGAGGAGCAACGUGCGCGGCCUCCAAUACUCCAACGGCGUCCGGACGUCGCCUCUCUGGCUAGCGUAUAUCCUGUUCGACUUCGCCAUCGUCGUUGUCUCGUCGGCCAUCGUCACCAUUCUCUUCGCCGCGCUUUCCAGCGUCUGGUACCACGUUGCGUACCUUUUCCUUGUGUUCAUGUUAUACGGCUUGACCUCGACCCUCCUCGCCUAUCUCAUCUCGCUGUUCUGCGCGACGCAGCUGUCGGCAUACGCCUUCACCGCGGCCGGGCAGGCCGUCAUGUUCCUCGUCUACCUCAUCGCGUAUUUGUGCACCAUCACGUACUCGCCAGCCAACCACAUCGACGACUACCUUCUCUUGGUGCACUUCGUCAUCUCGGCAUUCGCCCCGAUCGGCUCCGUUGUCCGCGCCCUGUUCAUCGCCCUGAACCUUUUCUCGGCGACCUGCGUCGACAAAGAGCUCGCCCCGAACCCGGGCGGCAUCCUCCAGUACGGCGGGCCGAUCCUGUACCUGAUCCUCCAGUCGAUCCUGCUCUUCGGCCUCAUCAUCUGGCUCGACGGCGGCGACGUCGGCUCGUCCUUCAAGCGCCUGUUCCGGCGCAACCGCGAGCCCGCCGCCGACGACCUGCCCGACGCGUCGGACGAAGAGGUCGCCAACGAGCAACUGCGCGUCACGACCAGCGCGCUCAGCGGCGACGGCGUCGCGUCCGCCACAGACGGCCUCCGCGUCGUGCACCUGACCAAGACGUUCGGCAAGAACACGGCCGUGGAUAACGUCAGCCUGGGCGUCAAGCGCGGCGAGGUGUUUGCCCUCCUCGGCCCCAACGGCGCGGGCAAGUCGACGACCAUCUCGCUGAUCCGCGGCGACAUCAAGCCGAGCGGCGGUGCGGGCGGCGGCGACGUGUUCGUCGACGACAUAUCCGUGACGCGCGACCUGGCGGGGGCGCGCGCGCACAUGGGCGUGUGCCCGCAGUUCGACGCCAUCGACGCUAUGACGGUCACGGAGCACCUGCGCUUCUACGCGCGCGUGCGCGGCAUCCCGGACAUCGACCACAACGUGGCGGCCAUCCUGCGGGCCGUGGGCCUGGGCGCCUUCCGCGACAGGCAGGCGCACGCCCUGUCGGGCGGCAACAAGCGCAAGCUGUCGCUGGGCAUCGCGCUCAUGGGCGACCCGACCGUCCUGCUGCUGGACGAGCCGUCGUCGGGCCUCGACGCCGCCGCCAAGAGGGUCAUGUGGCGCACCCUGGCCGCCACGGCGCCGGGGAGGAGCAUCCUGCUGACCACGCACAGCAUGGAGGAGGCGGACGCGCUGGCGGGGCGGGCGGGCAUCCUGGCGCGCCGGAUGCUGGCGCUGGGUUCCGUCGAGGGCCUGCGGAGGCGGUUCGGCGAUCGGCUGUACGUGCACCUCGUGUGCCGCGGGGCGCCGCGGUCCGAGGACGCCGACGUCCGCCGCGUCCGCGAGUGGGUACUCCGGCGGUUCCCCGGCGCAGAGGUCGAGGACAAGACGUACCACGGGCAGAUGCGCUUCUCGGUCGCUGCCGCCGCGGUGACGGGGCAGGGGCGGGUGCACCAUGGCGGCGGCGGCGACGGCGGCGGAGACGAUGAUAUCGCCAAGGUGGGCGGCGUGGAGCCGGGUUCGGAGAGGAGCGCGAUCGGGCAGCUUGUUGUGGCGCUUGAGGAGAAUAGGGAGGCGCUGGGUGUGGAGCACUUCAGUGUUAGCCCGACUACGCUGGACCAGGUCUUCUUGGCUGUGGUGGGCAAGCAUGGCGUCCAGGAGGAGGGGUAUGAGAAUGAGAAGAAGGGGAGGUGGUGGGCCUGUGGAAGAUAAAGGGGCGGGUUAAACGGUGGUAUUUUGUUCUGCAUAGUUGAGCGAGAGUGGUGACACCAAGGUGUAUACUUAUUUACAUACACGAGCGUAUAUCCACAUGCAAUAUAUCAAAAGCAUUUAGAUGUUCA